AUGAAUACCCAUGAUGUAUCCAGUAUCCCCAAGUACAUGCAGUACCUGGAUCGCCAAAAGCAGGUGCUCCGCCGGGCUCAGGCUCGCAAGGGCCAGCGCCUUCAGAUGAGCAAGUCUCGCCAGGAGAUCUUGAUCCAGUUCAUGUUCCGACAGCUGCGGAAUACACCGACCCAAGAAACCUCCAUUCGCUCCUCUUUCGUUCCUCCGGCCUACCCUCCCUGUGUCACGUCUUUGACCGAGCUCAAAAAGAUCACGAUUCAAGACCUCGUCCUGGAGACACACCACCGCGGCUCCUAUCUGCUUCUUCGCGCCGUCACCUCGCCAGAUAGCAUGACGGCCGUGAUGGCGAUCGCCGAGGACGAAAAUAGCGACGUUCUGAUGGUGCAGCUGUACCAACAGGACCGAGACCUUGCGCGCGACGGCCGGCUGCAAGAAGGCACGGUGAUGAUUGUCAAGGAGCCCUAUCUGAAGCUCAUGUCUGACGGAGACUAUGGCGUUCGAGUGGACCAUCUCUCUGAUAUUCAUUUGCUUCUUGGUGAUGAUUAUAGAAUCCCUGUGUCUUGGAGACGGCGGCUACUUGCAACGGACGCUUCCGCAGACGACUGGAAGAUCCAAGGGAACGAUGCAUUCAACGACUCUUGCUUCCACCUUGCAAUUGAGUAUUACACCAAAGCAUUGGGCGCUUCUCCAACCGAGGAAGAGGCCCGUACGAUCCAGCUGAACCGCGCCCUCGCCCUGCUGAAAACCCACCAGUUCGACGCUGCUCUUGACGAUCUAAGGGGUCCAGAGUCUGAGAAGGCUCUCUUCCGCCAGUCGCAGGCGCUGUACCAUCUGCAGAGGUUUCGCGAAUCGUGCGACGUCCACCGCAUACUCGCCCAGGAAUACCCUGGCAACACCGCUGCUCGUGCCGAGUUUUCGAGAGCCAUUGCCCGUCUGGCAGAGCAGAAUACCGGCCAGUAUCCCUUCAAACAGCUGCUGAAGGAGGCCGCUCGCCGUCGCCCGCCACGUCUCGACCGCGCGACAUUCCUGGGGCCAGUAGCGGUGCAGGCCACCGAGUCUUGCGGCCGCGGCCUGUUUACAACAAAGGCCGUGCAAGCUGGAGAUCUAUUGUUCUGUGAGAAGGCUUUUGCUUAUGCCUUUUAUGAUGCAGACAACCCCCAGCAAGAGCUGAGUCUCACUAUUAAUGCCGAGACAAACGAGAUGACUCUCGGAACCCAGGCCGAACUAAUUGCGCAGAUCGUACAGAAGCUGUACAGGAAUCCAUCCUUUCUACCGUCCUUUACAGAUCUCUAUCAUGGAUCAUAUCAGGCAGGGGAAGUUUCUACCAUUGAUGGGCGGCCUAUUGUGGACACCUUCUUGGUUGGGCGGGUUACGGCUUUGAACUGCUUUGGGUGUCCAUUGACCUCCCGCGAGAGUUAUAUGCGGUCGUUGAGACAGGAAGAAGCGGAGGCCAAAGAGGAGAAAUUCAACUCCUGUGGUGUUUGGCCGGUAGCAUCUCACAUCAACCAUUGCUGCUACAGCAACGCUCGACGGUCAUUUAUCGGGGAUAUGAUGGUGGUUCGUGCCAGCGAAGACCUUCCCCCAGGCACAGAAGUCCGCUUCCCGUAUAAAGCGCUAUCAGAAACUCAAACACAGCCGCUAGAUCUGCAGCACUGGGGGUUUCAAUGCCGCUGUGUCAUCUGCCGGGAUCUUGAACGGACUCCAAAGGGAGACCUGACCAGAAGGAAACGGCUGCGGGCGGAUCUGAAGGGGGCAUACAAGGCCCGACGGAAGCCCGAUACGGCUAAGAUUGAAUCCAUUCUGGCAAUGAUCAAUGAGACAUAUACCCGUCCUACCGUGGAAGUCCCCCGUCUCAGCCUGUGGGAUCCAUGUCUGGCGCUUUCCUUGCUCUACAUGACGCAAAACCAGCCGUUGAAGGCCAUUAAAUACGCACUGGGCACUCUCGAGUCACUUGGCUACGUCGUUGAAGGGGCCUGCCUUCCUCUGACCCCUGGUGUGCCCCUUGUCGUCAAGAAAUGGGGAUACUUGGUGGACAGUCUGGUGCGCUGUUGGAUGUGUCUGUCCAACGCGUUCCAUGUCGUGGCGCCGGAGCUGGAGGCCCAAGCGGAGGGAUAUGCUCGGACGACGUACAGGAUUUGUGUGGGCGAGGAGGAGACGUUUAACCAGACAUAUGGCAAGCACUCGGAAAGGCCAGAUGGUCUGCUUGUAAGUGGUCUGGCUGUGUGAUAUAAAUUUAGGAUAACAUAUGACUAGCUGUAGUAACUGAGUGAUUUACCUGC